GUCCUUUUUUAUAUAGCGUGAUAUGAAUUCGAGGAUUUAAGUAGAAUUAAUUUAAAAUUAGUAUUAAUUUAAUGGAUAAAAAUAAAAACCGCACCGAUCUGCUUGCUGCUGGCCGUAAAAAGCUUCAGCAGUAUCGGCAAAAGAAGGAUGGUAAAGGCGGUAAAUCGUCAGGUAAGGCCAAUAAACCUGAACCUGAUGUGGUUGCUGAUGAAUCUUCAUCUUUUUCUAAAUCUACAAAGGGGAAGAUACAACUCCCAGCCCCAGAAGCCCCUGUGGAAGGUUCGACAACAGAAGCACCUGUAGAAGGUUCAGCCACAGAAGCACCUGUUGAAAGUUUGGCCACAGAAGCACCUGUUGGAGGUUCGGUCGCAGAGCUUGCUAAUUCAUCUAAUGAUGGCGUCACGACUCCUGAUCUCUCUACAUCAAAUCUACCAAUAGAAGUUGCUGAAGCUGAUGAGUCAAUAAAUGUGUCGGUGCCAGAUGAAGAUCUGCACAGCUCUAAUAUUGAUGAUGUAACACUAACUGUCUCCUCUCCAAGAACUGUUAAUAUUGAAGGUAACUCGGAAAGUGGACAUGUCCCCGUGACUCCUGUUGGCUUGAAGGCCGUUCUUGAUGAUGGUUUUGCUCGCAAAGCAGGUGAAGCAAAAGCUGUGAGUGGGGAAGAUCAGGUACCAGAUGUAGGGGCAAUGCAGGAACAGGAUAUUUCAUGUGCAGAACCAGAUAAUAACACCAGUUCUAUAGAACUUGAAGUGAAUGAGACAGCUCAAAUUUUUAAAGGGGAAGUUGAAGAAGACAGUAAGAGGGAUAACACAAGUAGUGCAAUAGAACAAAAUAGUGAAUGUGAACAUGAUGUAGUCUCUAAUAGUUCAGAUUUACAUUCUUCAUCUGCGCUCCCUUCUUCUGAUCCUGAACUUCAAAUUCUGCCAAUAGAAGACGUAGCGGUGGGAUUUCACAGUGGUGAUGAGUUACGGCCUACUUUAGGUGAAUCUGAGGUCAACCCAGUUAGCCAUACUCAGCUUGCAAAGGCAAGAGAGUUAGUUGGUGGUGAUCUGAAGACUGAUGUUGAUAUGAAGUCUGGCUCUAUUGAAAUCUCCGAGAGACUUAGAGACCAGUUGUAUAUCUAUAAUAUCGAGAAAGAGUUGUUAUAUAUGCAACUAUGUGAAGAAUUGAAUGAGCGGAAGGAGUUUGAUUACGAGAAGUCAUCUUCGAGUGCUUUCAGCGAUCUUGAAGGGAAGAACAAGCUUCUUUCUGAAGAGCUUGCCAAACAUAAGUCUGAACUGAAUAGAGUUACAGGUGAAAUGGAGAAGCUUCAGAGAGAAUUUUCUAUUUCGAAGACAGACUUAGACCAGUCCUCUGUUCGUUUAGAGGAGUUGCAGGUUGAACUUGAAAAGUCUGAACAUCAGCUGUCAAACGUGUCAUCUGAAUUGGUUGACUGCAGGAGUUUGUUGUCAGAUUUUCAGGCAAAAAAUGAAAACUUGAAUUUGUAUAUUGCUUCAUUGACUGAGGAGAAACAAAAACUAGACAAGGAGAAAGAAAAUGGGAUUCUGGAGAAUGAAAAUUUAACAAAAAAAUUGUUGGAGCUUAAAUCGUUACUGGACUCAUCGCAGGUUGAGAAUGUCAACACCAAAGAAACUCUUGCUCUUGUAAUGGGUGAGAGAGCUAAACUGGAAAAUGAGAAGGAAAAUUAUGUUUCUGAGAAGGAGACUUUGCUUACUGAAUUGGCAGAAUGGAAGACAUCAAUGGAAGCACUUCAGGUGGAGAUCGCCAGUUUAAUUGGGGUCCUUGCAUCAGAGAGGGAGGAUAGAAGUAAACUGGAGGAAACAAAUGGGCAUUUUGCUGAUCAGAAUAAGAAAUUUUCUAUGGAGAUACUAGAAUCCCAACACUUGGUGGAAAGUUUACGGUCAGAAAUUGCUAGCUUUGAAAAGGAGAGAACCAGACUUGGAGAAGAUAUUAAUCGAUUGAGUAUUGAAAAGGAGGAAGUUUUGACAGAAUUGGUGGGAUGGAAGAGAUCAAUGGAAUCACUUCAGGUGGAGAAUGCAAGUUUGAAGGGGGUUCUUAUGUCAGAGAGGGAGGAUAGAAGUAAACUAGAGGAAACAAAUGGGCACCUUGUUGAGCAGAGUAAGAAAUUUUCUUUUGAGUUAUUAGAAUCCCAACAGUUGGUGGAAAAUUUACGUUUAGAAAUUGCUAGCUUUGAAAAGGAGAGAUCCAGACUCGAAGAAGAGAUCAACUAUCUAAGUAUUAAAAAGGAGGAAGCUUUGACAGAAUUAACAGACUGCAAAACUUGUAUGGAGGAUCUGCAGUCACAAUAUGAGAAGUCCAUGUCUGACUUUCAAGACGGGGCACAUCGAUUUGAACAACUCAUCGUGGAAAAUGUCACUCUUACCAGUGAUUUGGAUAUGUACAAAGCAAAGAUCAGUGAAUUUGAUGACUGGAAAAUGAAGACUGAGCAGAAAGCCUUUCAGGAAAUGACUAUUGAAGACAGCUCUCAGCAUGUACUUGAGCAGGGUGUAAGGGUAAUUUCUCAUCACGAGACAAGUGGCAAGACACCAUCUGACGGCAAACUAGAAGAUCAGAGUAACAGUUUGGAGGAAACAUUCUUUAAACAUAUGAUUUUGGAUGAAUUUGUGAAGCAAUACGUGUCUACCGUUGAAGCCAAAAAGAGUGAACUUGUAUCUCUGUGUGAAGACUUGAGGCGGGAAAGGGUCAUUGCUAAAACCAAGAACUCCGAGCUUACAGAAAACCUCUGCAGAUCUGAAUCAAGAAUCAAUGAAUUGCAAGCAGAAGUUGAUGAACUACAACAACUGGAAACUCUUUACAGUAAGCUGGAUGCAUGUAUCGGUUUCAAUGAAACCGAUGAUGGUCAACCUACGAGUACUCGUGUGGCUAAUUCUGUUGACCAAGCUCUUGCAGUGAUCCAGGAACUGCAAGAAAAGCUUGAAGAUGCUCUUAGGAACCACAACUUGCUUUCUGAUUCUUUCAAAGAAAUGACUGAAAAGACCAAGGAUCUAGAAGGGAGAAAUGAACUGGCUUUCUAUGUAAUACAUAAAGUAUUUGAUAAUCUUCAGAAAAUUGUGAACGAUACAGGUGUGUCUGUACAAGAAAGUCAACAUGAUACUACAAGUGAGCAGUUGGAUCAUCUAGAAAUCAGCAACUAUGAUGUCUUCAUUGAAAAGCUGAUUAUGAUUCUUCGUGAACGAGCCCAACUUGAAUCCAAGAAUAGAGAAUACACCUUGGAGUUGUUGCAAAGAAUAAAAGAUUUGGAGGAAUUUAAUCAAAGGUGUAUUCAUCCAGAGAUUAUUGUCAAGUUGUUUGAAGAUAUCCAGUCUUUGGCUAGGCUAGAUGACAUUGAGAUGAAACCAGAUGAACCCAUGUCUUCCUUAGAGUCUAUAGUUCAAUUUUUCAUUACGAAUUUGAAGUCUAAUGAAAAGAAAUUGAUCGAGUUGCAGAAUCAAAUAGACAACUUAACCCUCUCCAUCGUUACGUAUGGAAUUGAAAGUGAAAUUCUAAAGGGAAGUUUGGUUAGUGCAACGGAGCAGCUUGGUACUGUUCAAUCUGAAACACAAUUAAAAGAAAUUGAACUUCAUCAAUCUGAGCAACGUGUAUCUGCCCUCCGGGAAAAGCUUCACAUUGCUGUUACAAAAGGAAAAGGUUUAAUUCAGCAGCGUGACAGUUUGAAACAGAAUCUAACUGCAACAUCGAAUGAGUUGGAGAAAUGCCGGCAUGAGUUACAGUUGAAAGAUGCCACUCUUCAAGAAACCGAGACAAAAUUGAAAAACUAUUCUGAAGCAGGUGAGAGAAUGGAAGCCCUUGAAUCUGAGCUCUCCUACAUUAGGAAUUCAGCUACUGCAUUGAGGGAAUCUUUUCUUUUAAAAGAUUCAGUUCUUCAGAGAAUUGAAGAGAUUCUAGAAGAUUUGGAGCUUCCAGAAGAUUUUCAUGCGAGAGAUAUCAUUGACAAAAUUGAUUGGUUAGCAAAGUCAAUUUCUCAGAGCCAGUUUCCUUCUAGCAUUUCAAAUCAAAUAAGUUCAGUUCCAAUUGAAAGAACUCGUUCAUAUCCUGAAUCACGGGCUUUGGACGGCUGGAGAGAAGAUUUUGAACUAUCUUCAGGUCCAGAUGAUGAAUUGAGAAGAAACUAUGAAGAACUUCAAAAUAAAUUCUAUGGGUUGGCUGAGCAGAAUGAAAUGCUAGAGCAAUCACUAAUGGAGAGAAAUAAUCUUGUUCAACAUUGGGAAGAAGUUUUGGGGAAGAUAAAUAUCCCACCACAGCUGCGAUCCUUGGAACCAGAAGAUAGAAUUGAGUGGUUAACAGUCUCUCUUUCGGAGGCAAAUGACCGUUGUCACCUACUUCAGCAGGAUAUUAAUGAUUUGGAAAAGGUUCGUGAAUCUCUUACUGCUGAUCUUGAAGAGAGUCAAAGGAGAUUGAUUGACCUUGAAUCAGCUCUAAAGUCAAUUACCAUUGAAGGUGAACAGCUAUCUGCUAGCUUGGAGGUGAAAAGUCAUGAUUAUAAUAAAAUUUGUGAGAAAGUUUUAUUAUAUGAAACCGAGAUUGAUAAACUGCAAAAGGAAGUUAGUGUAUUGCGAUUAAAGUUGGAUGAGAAGCGUGUGGAUGUGGAGCAUACACAACAUCUUCAUGGUGAAAUUAGGCGGUUACAGAAUUUACUCAUGGAGAUGCUGCAACUUCCAGAAACAGAAGAUCUUGAUUCAAAUACAAGUGAUAUCCAGUGUCUGGAAGCAUUACUGAGGAAGCUUGUAGACAGAUAUGUCAUCGAAACAAGUGGGUUGGCUCAUAGAGAAAGAAGUGUUGACCAAUUAAACGUGCAGGAGGAGUUGGAAAGCAAAUUGGAGGAGGUUGAAGGUGAGUUAGUGCGAGUGAAGGAUGAAAGAGAGAGACAUGUGGCAGAAAGUCAAUCUUUGGUCCAUGAAAUCGACACAUUACAGGUCAAGAAUCAAGAGUUGCAGAAUUUACUUGCUCAGGAAGAGCAAAAGACUGCUGCUGUUAAAGAGAAGUUAAAUGUCGCUGUUAGAAAAGGGAAGUCUUUGGUCCAAGUGCGAGACAGUAUGAAGCAAACUAUCAAUGAUUUGACUUCUCAGGUGGAGCGCUUGAAUGCUGAGAUGAAAGUUCGGGAAAAUAAAAUAUUGGAGCUCCAGCAGAAGAUGAAAGAUUUGUUCACUUUCCAAGAAUUGGUGGAAAAUAAAGACUCUGAAAUUCAAUAUAUGAAUAAUCGUCUGAAAGAAGCUGACAGCGAGCUACAGGAAAAAAGCAACACGUUGAACAUGAUUCUAAGUUCCUUAGGGGAGAUUGAUCUUGGGGUUGACAUGACUACUGAUGACCCCUUUGAGAAAAUGAAACAAAUUGAGAAAGUGUUGCAGGAUUUACAAGUUGCAAUUUCGUCUGCUGAACAUGAUUCUAAAAGAUCCAAAAGAGCAGCUGAACUACUUGUUGCAGAAUUAAAUGAGGUUCAGGAAAGAAAUGAAGAUCUUCUCGAGGAGCUAUCGAGAACUACCAUGGAAAGGGAUACGGCAGUGGCUGCUAAACAAGAAUCCGUCACUCGCAUUGAACAGUUAUCUGCUCUUCAUUUAGAGGAACGGAGAAGCCAUAUUUCUGAACUCAUGAAUUUGAAAUCUGGUUUAGACCAAUUACAGCCUGGGUUCAGCAAAAUAUACGAUAUCCUUAAUGAUGUUUUGCCCAAAGACUUGGAUCAUCUAUACAAUCUUGAAUCCAAUGUUGAGUCAAUGUUGGAAUUAAGUGGUACUUCUAAUGUUGGUGGCCAAACUCUAAAUAGUUCUCAUGGUGGCAUUAGCUCCAAGUCAGAGUUCAAGGUCAAUGCUCAUUCAGAACUAUUUCUGGACAGCAAUGACAGCCAGAUCACUGAUUUGUGGAGGUUUAUUCGGAGCCACAUUAAAGAGUUCGUAAGUAAUGUCAAUGGUAUUGAAAAGGGUUUACAGAGCCAUUCAAAAUCUUUACAUGAAAAAGUUAUUUCUUUAUCCGAGGCAAUGGCAGCUCUUUCUAGAGAAACAACCUCCCAUAAUUCUUCCAUUGAAUCUGCAAAGGAAGAGAUUGCCUGGUUAGAAUCCACUUGUAAACGUAAAGAGACAGAAAAUUUAGUGCUGCGUAAAUAUGUAUCAGUUCUGUAUAAAGGUUGCAAGGAUUCAGUUUUAGAAAUUGAGAAAAGUAAAGGCCAAGUUGUUGCAAGUGAUUUUCCUGGUGAAGACUUUUUAAGUGGAGAAAUUCUUUCUGUCUCCGAAGAGCAUAUUAUUAGCAUGGUGAACAGAUUAUUGUCACUUGUGAAGGAAUUUAACACUAUUAAUGCUGAGAAUGUGGAAGUUAACCUAAAUGAAAUGAAGUCUACGAUAUCUAGUUUACAAAGGGAACUAACAGAAAAGGAUGUUCAGAAAGAGAGAAUAUGUGUGGAUCUUGUCGGCCAGAUAAAGAGAGCUGAAGCAGCUGCUAUGAGCCACUUGCAAGAACUUGAACCUGCAAAGGCUCAAGUAAGUGAUUUAAAAGGACAGUGUCAGGUGUUGGAACAAAGGGUUAAAGAGCUAGAAGGUCAAGAAUCUGUUUUGGUUGACUUACAUGGGAAGGUCAAAUCACUUACCGAAGCAAUGACAGCAAAAGAACAAGAAAAUGAAGCGUUAUUGCAGGCACUUGAUGAAGAGGAGGCCCAAAUGGAAGACUUAAGGAACAAGGUCACUGAAUUAGAAGAACUUGUGCAGCAAAAAAAUGUUGAUUUGGAGACUGCUGAAGCUGCUCGUGGCAAAGCUUUAAAGAAGCUUUCUAUCACCGUGAGCAGAUUUGAUGAACUCCAUCAUCUGUCUGAAACCCUCGUGUCUGAGGUUGAUAAGCUCCAAUCUCAGCUUCAAGAACGGGAUUCUGAAAUCUCUUUUUUGAGAGACGAAGUUACACGUUGCACCAGUGAUUCCUUGCUAGCACUGGAAACUGACAAAAGGGGUUUGACUGAGAUCCAGGAGAUCUUGACUUGGUUAGAUUCAAUGGUUUCUGGAGUGGAUACUAAUAAUAUGCAUCUUAAUGAUGACAAAAUCAAUCAGGUUCAUGAAGGGAAGGAAAUACUUAAGAAGCAGAUCACAUCUAUCUUUUCAGAACUGAAAGAUCUAAGACAAGUGUCACAAAGCAAGGAUGAUCAAUUGCACAUAGAAAGGAGCAAAGUUGAUGAUUUGAUGCGUAGAAGGGAACUUCUUGAGAAUUCUUUGAAGGAAACAGAAUCUCGACUAAGUUUACAUGAAAAUAAUGGUGAUUCUGCACCAGGGACGUCUAUGACUUCUGAAAUUGUUGAAGUAGAACCUGCGCUCAAUAAAUGGCCAAUGCAAGGGACCUCCAUGGCACCUCAAGUUCGAAGCUUGCGCAAAGUAAACAACGACCAGCUUGCCAUUUCGAUAAAUGAUAUGGACUCUGAUGAUAGGGAUAAGUUAGAAGACGACGAUGAUGAUAAAGCUCAUGGUUUUAAGUCUCUUACUACAUCGAAACUUGUCCCAAGAUUCACUAGGCCCAUUACAGACUUCGUUGAUGGCUUAUGGGUAUCAUGUGAUAGAACAUUGAUGCGACAGCCUGCUCUGCGGUUGAGUCUUAUUCUUUACUGGGCCGUGAUGCAUGCACUUCUUGCAAUUUUUGUAGUGUGAGAAACAGCUGACCUGGUUCUCAUUUGAUAGAAAAUACGGCGGACUCGAUGGCCAUAGACUAGUUUGCACAAAUAUGGUUGAUUCUUUAUUUAGCUAAACCAAGCACAAGGGGGUGUGAUUUCUCCAUAUUUUAUCAGAAAAUCACAGAUUGCUUCUUGUUCAAUGAAUUAUAAACCUCACCAAUAAGUCGGGCAUGUCUUGUAAGUUCUAUAGUUUGCCUUCCAGUCAAGAACCAUAGUUCGUCUUAUGUGAAUGCGAGUGGCCCUUGAAAAUGUUUCAAACUUUUUCUUUUUACUUUUCCUUUCCCCUUUGUUUAGGGCAGGCAAGUGCAUAUAUGUGUAGUUUUGUUAUACCCAAGAUGUCUGGGUUUAAUUGUAAGAUGAUUGCAUAGAUUGUAUGAGCAAUGAAACUUCAGAUUUUGAUGUC